UCCCCGACUCGCCAGAAAAGUGCGACUGGUACGGCAGUGAAAACCACUUUUAUUUUGCUAUUAUCAGUUCAGUGCGUAUCCGAUACGCGCAAAAUGUUGCAAACGUGUUGACUAGCGCACAGCAAUCCGCAGUUUUAUCGUUCUGGCUACUGCUUCCGUACAACCGCGAACAAAUUGUGAUAUUUAGCGUUUAGGGUGGAAGAAAAAAAGUUGGUGAAGCGCAGCUGUACGUACGGUGAAUCGCGCAAAGUAGGUGAUACGAAGAAGGCCUGCUGCAGGAGAAGUUUUUUUCGCACUAAGGAAGGCGAGUCGGGACAGGUCGCCUUCUACCCCGUUUGGCCAUUGACUCCUGUGUGGCGUGUGUCGGUCGAGUGUUAUUAUUUGAUACUUGCCCUGUUUAGCUACUGGUACGGCAAAUUGCCGUUCCUUUGUCGUGGGCGAAUUUUUCUCGUGUGUGUCGGUGCUCGUGGUUGUACGCGCCACAAAAGCUUACAUAAAACGGGAAAAUACGUAUUUUCGCAGUGAUCUCCAAGUCCGCUUCCGAGUGCAUCCGGGGGCAUACCUUAUCAGUUGCUUAGCUAAAACGAGUGAGAGUAGAAAAAAAAAGCAAAAUCCUAUUUCCCCACAAGAGAAACCGUGUGCUGCUGGACGACGUUUGGCUCGCCUAAAUAGGCAGGAAGUCGUCGCUUGCGAAGAAACCAGAGGCCCGUAACGAGCAAGCGAGACGGAUAGCGACUAUUCGAGAAGCAGCAAGCUCGGCAGCGAACCGGAAAGGAAACACCACACUCCCUGAAUCAGCCAACAGCUCGCAUCGGCAGCAGCCGGAGCAGCACCAACAAACAAUAUUUGCUGUAGAAAUAUAGCAAAAGGGAUACUAGCCCACCCCAGAGAAGUCGGUCGCACGUGAAAAACUUCCCAGAAAAUGUCCACGCCAGCUCGCAGACGUUUGAUGAGAGACUUCAAAAGGCUCCAGGAAGACCCGCCAACUGGUGUGUCCGGUGCACCGACGGACAACAAUAUUAUGAUCUGGAACGCUGUGAUUUUUGGCCCACACGACACACCGUUCGAGGACGGUACGUUUAAGCUCACAAUAGAAUUCACCGAGGAGUACCCAAACAAGCCACCGACGGUGCGGUUCGUCUCCAAAAUGUUCCAUCCGAACGUGUACGCCGACGGCGGCAUUUGUCUGGACAUUUUGCAAAACAGGUGGAGCCCCACGUACGACGUGUCGGCCAUUCUUACUUCGAUUCAGUCUUUACUAAGUGACCCUAAUCCAAACUCGCCUGCCAACUCGAUGGCGGCGCAGCUCUACAAGGAAAACCGUCGAGAGUAUGAGAAACGAGUGAAAGCCUGUGUCGAGCAGAGUUUUAUCGACUAGCCCCGUUCCCAUUGCUAUCUUUGUCCGUACCAUCUUCGGCACUGUCUUCGUCCCGCGUGCAGCGUCCUACCUGCGGUGACGCUUGCCGCACAGUGGUCUGCGUGUGCCCCAGUCGAGGACAUCGUUUUGCACAACAUAAACACCCAACUUAACCGUGAACCGCUGUUAUUUCUCGACCUAUUGGCAAAUCACAGCCGAGUCCAGCACCGUUCCUUUCCAUGGAGAUUAAAUGAGGGUGGCUGUCAUCCCGACCGGAAUCUGGUAACGUGCAGCCGCGCCAACACCAUCCUAGCACCACCUACGGCAAUAUCCGCCCACCAGCGGCUGUAGUAGUAGUAGUAGUAGCCAAACACACACACCCCCCCGUUGAAUGAGGUCUCCCUUUUUUCGCCUGUCCUGAAAUAAGUGUUGGCUCGCAAAUGGCCAUGGGCCAAGCGUCUCAAAGUCGCUACAUGAAUUCGCUUGAUGGUAGGAUAAAUUUCAAACUUAUUUCCAUCCAAAACCACAUCGAGUAUGUAUCUGUGUGUUAAUGUUUGUUAAGAAAAAAAUUGGGAAAAUAUGCUGGUACUACAAUCAGAAUUACUAUGCAUAAACGCAGUUACAUACAAUGCUUGCUUUCAUUAUUGUAAUUUAAAACUCCACAGUUUAUAAACUCUACAAAAAACAAUUUACACAAUCCUCGAAAUGGCUAGGAGAGGUCACUCGAGGGGCCGAGAAUAGACCUGCUACCACAGAAAAAUCACGAAACGGAAGCAAAAGGAAUAUUUAAUAACUCAUCAAUUUAAUCAAUAGUUUGAAGGGAAGUCGUAUAAUACUGGAACUAUUUGAACAGAAACACGCAAUAUUGUGAAGUGUUGCUGGUAGUGGAGAGAUGUUGGCGAGAGUGUCGCUUAGAAUUAUCAAGAAAUAAAUAAAUAUACACGAUUAUAAAACUAUCGGCGAUAGCUUCAACUCACUACAACCGUAAGCAACAACACUCAAUCAGCCAAAGUUUGGCUCAAAAAACUAAGUACGAAGAUUUCUUUAGGACACAAUUUAUGAAAAAAGGGUAGAUUGGUUCCACUUCGCAUAGGCAACUAGCAAUCAAACUGCUACGUGUUUCUUUUCAAACUAAUAUAUUCUUAUUAUCUUAUCCCGGUAAUGGAAACUUCUGUUUCGUAUCAUCUGUUUACGUUACAGCAGUGUUUUCUCCAUUUGCUCUCUUCGACGCCUUUCCGCUUUACUACAAAAUCAUUAGUUUAAUUGAAAAGUGUAGCGCGAGGUGAAACCAAUUUGUUCUUUUGUUUUGCAAUAAAUUCUAAAGAUAGUUACGUGAGACACAUUGGAAACAUGCAAUACACACAGUACAUCCUUUAUCUGGAAUCGAUGAGACCGUUGGCGUUGGAGAUCAAGAAAAAAAAAACAGUGCAAAAUGGAACAGGCGGUAACUGCAGGUUCGCGCAAAUUGAACGGAUUCGUUAUAGUCGCAGUGUUAUGGCUA